AUGGGUUCGGACAAAGAGGGUUCCGUGCGGGAGAUCCCCGCGCCGCAGCUGAGCGAUAAUGACGAGUCUGUCGUGGUUGAGGAGGCCCCCCUCCUCGAGCCGCCGCCCGACGGCGGCGCCGGAUGGGUUCAGGUCUUUGUCGGACACCUCGCGCUGUUCAACACGUUCGGCUGGUUCAACAGCUACGGCAUCUUUCAGGACUACUACACGUCGGAGCUGAACCUGCCGCUGUCGGCGGUGUCGUGGACGGGCAGUGUGCAGGUGUUCCUGCUGGCGCUCAUCGGCAUGUUCUCGGGGCGGCUGUUCGAUGCGGGGUACUACCGGUCGCUGAUCGCGGUAGGGUCGGCGCUGCAGCUGGUAGCCAUCUUCACGGCGUCGGCGGCGACCGAGUACUGGCAGCUGUUCCUAGCGCAGGGGGUGUGCGGCGGGCUCGGCGCCGGCAUCCUGUACUGCCCGGUGAUCGCGUGCGUGGCCACCUACUUCGCCCGGCGGCGCGCGCUCGCCAUCGCGCUCGUCACCAGCGGCGGCGCCACCGGCGGCACUGUCUUCCCCCUCCUCGCCCAGCAGCUGCCCGCCCGCGUCGGCUUCCCCUGGACCAUGCGCUGCAUGGGCUUCGUCGUCCUCUUCAACGCCGCCCUCAUGCUGCUCUUCGCCCGCACCCGCCUCCCGCCCCGCCCCCGCGGGCCCCUCGUCGAGUGGGCUGCCUUCCGCGAGCUGCCCUACGCCUUCUACACCGUCGGCGCCUUCUUCCUGCUCUGGGGCGUCUACUUGAUCUACAACUACAUCAACCACUUCGGGCGGACAGUGCUCGGCAUGGACCGGGACAGCGCGCUGACGACGCUGUUCGUGGCGAACGCGGUCGGGGUGCCGGGGCGGAUCGGGCCGGCGCUGGUGUCGGACGCGUGGCUGGGGCCGUUCCGGACGCUGGUGCCGCUGGCGGCGGGGGCCGGGGCGCUGUACCUGGGGUGGGCGGGGGUGCGGGACGCGGGGGCACUGUACGCGUUCGCGGCGCUGAGCGGGACGGUGAACGGCGGGGUGCAGAGCAUCGCGCUGGCGGGGCUGCCGGCGCUGACGCCGGACCUGCGCAAGGUCGGCACGCGCUCCGGCAUGGUCAUGACCGUCGGCUCCGUCGCCUGCUUCACCGGCCCCCCCAUCGCCGGCGCCCUCGUCGACGCCGCCGCCGGCAGCUACCUCUACAUGCAGGUCUGGGCCGGCGGCCUCAUGUUCGUCAGCGCCGCCUUCGUCGCCGCCGCCUGGUUCGCGCACGAGGGCCGGCAGCGCCGCCAGGAGUAG